AUGGCUCUCAAGGUUUUGGAGACCAAACAUUGUAAAUGUCAUGAACACGAAGAAACCGUCAGAAGUCUGCUGUAUUGCUUAUUGUUUGCCGACGAUUACGUCUUAGAUGUCAAAAAAGAUUCGUGCAAAAACCUUCUUAUGAAGAUCAGAAAUAGAUAUUUCGUAGACGCUGCUGCAUCAGAUGAUACUGACAUGAAAAAUCUUCCAGAUGAUUACGUGGAAAUGCAUGACGGUUUGUUAUCUUUUACUUGCAAAGAAAUUCGACAUGAUGUCAUGUAUGCAUUUAUUACGGAGUGUCUAGUAGAAGAUAGUGAUCUUGAGUUUUUUCUGACUACUGCGUCACGUUGCGUGAUAUCGGAAUACUGUAGAUCGUGGAAAUAUAAGAAAAGAGAAGACGAGAGAUGCCUUUAUAUACCAAACAGACCACAAAAGAUGUAUGACCUCUUUAUAGAUAAAAUGGAGAUGGACAUCAUCAAACAUUGUACUGUGUCAGAUAGAAGCAUUCAUUCUAGAAUAAAGGAGCGUUUGUCAGUCCCAGAAGAAAUAUUUAAAUGGGAUCUGGAGGCUAGAAAGCGAUACGCGGAGUAUGCUGGUAGAGGAACACAGACUGUCCAUCAAGCUAGAGGGAUGAUUGUAGGUUGUGCUGGGGCUGGCAAGACAACGCUACUGAGACGACUGCUCAGAUGGAGUGAGGAGAAAAUAUUGAAUGUGACACCAACCGAAGGAGUAGAUGUCCACGAAGAAAUUUUUGAGAUUGGUGAGGAAGGGAAGUUAUUGAAAGCUCAGUCCUUGGACGGUACGCAAGUCAAUGAAGAAAACCUAGAAGGAUAUGUUAGAAAGACCUUAACGUUCUUUGAUUUUGGAGGACAAUGUGCAUAUUACGCAUGCCACCAGAUUUAUUUGACCAGAAGAGCCUUCUACAUAGUUGUUGUAGAUGCUUCUAAAUGCUUGGAUGAUGUCGUAGAUGAAAAUGUAUGCGAUCAAAAAAACAGCGUUUUCUUUGGAUGGACCUAUGGUGAAUACUUUGUUUUCUGGAUAAAGUCUAUUCAUACAUAUUGUGGAACAGAAUCGGAACAGGACCAUCAACCAGUCGUUAUCAUUGUAGCUACACAUUGGGAGAAUGAUCAACGAUUGUACAAGAAUAAAGAAGAAUUUAUAGAGAAAUUGCAAGGCAAGAUACCGCGAAACGCUAAUUUGCUGCAAUACAUUAGAGAAGACCGUUGCUUUUUAAUACAUUUUCCAGUAGAACCUCUUGACAAUUUAGAAGAGUACAUCAGAAACAUUGUUAGAAACAAAAGGUGGGAAGAAAAGAUUCCGAAGGAGUGGGCCUAUUUUGAACUUGAAAUUAACCAGAAAAAAGGUAAUGAAAAAAUACUGAACGAAUUAGAUACAGCAACGAGUAUGAGCAAGAAUGAGGAAGGCAGUUCAGGCGACACCAUUCAAGAACAAAGAGAAAAAAAGGACAUGUUAAGAUUUUAUCAUGAUACUGGAAAAAUCCUGUACUUUAACGAAGAAGGCUUAGAUAAAUUAGUCAUUAUUGAUGUACAAUGGUUUAUAGAUGCUUUCAAAAAAAUUAUAACAGACAAACUACACAUGAAAGGCAUUCCCUGCUCAAAAGAAAAUUUGGAGGACUACUACGAGACUGGAAAUUUAAAAGAUCAAGUUUUAACAGACAUUUGGAAACAGAUGAAAAUCUUACGGGAACAAAGAAUAAACGAUAAAAGUAAAGAUACUAAAGAUGAUGCAAUGGAUGGAAAUGAAACUGAAGUCCCUGAUAAUGCAUAUUUUAAGCCUGGAAUCAGCAAUCAUAGAGAACAUCCAAAACGAGACCCUGUUAAUGACCCCCGAGAUUUUCUACUCUAUAAGCCGUCAAUCUUGACUUUUAUGCAGAGACUUGGUUUGGUAGCCACUGGUGAGGAAGCUCACUAUAUACCAUGUAUGAACCAUAAAAUCUUUGAUGAAGAAACCCAAAAUGUAAUUCAUGAAUCAAAGGUCAAAACAUCCAUUUUAAUUUUUCAGUUUGAAUUCCUUCCUUACUUUUUUUUCUUUCGCUUGGUUGUGGCCUGUAUGCAAAAUAAAGAUUGGAAGGUACUCAAAAGUCAAAAGUCGUGCCUUUAUAGAAAUGCAGCAUUGUUUUCGUCAGGUGACCACCACAUUGCAAUUGCCGCCACAGCAACUUCAAUUCAGCUUCAAGUUUACCAGCCAAAACCCGAAUGGUCUUUAGAGGUUCACAAAACUAUCGAAAUCCAGAGUGUGACCGAAAAGAUAUUGGAGAAUAUCACAGCUACUUUUCAUAGGAGAAUCGAAUUCGUUAGAGGAUAUAGCUGUAAAUAUGAAACUGAUCAAUUAAUAACAAUGGAAGUUGACGACAGCCAUUUUAUCAGAGAGCAAGACAUUGUGAAAGGAGAUAAUGAAUUAUGCCCAAUACAUCAAACUAAAGAUCGUCAUUUUGUCAACAUGAACAAAUUGACCAAAUACUGGAAGAAAAUAUAAACAAGUAGUAAAUAAAUACAUAGUGUUGGAUUUUCAAAUACAUCACUGAACAAACACUAUUAACUGAGCUUCCAAAUGUUUUCUCCUACCACACCAUUAUUAUGUAUAUGUAGUUAAUUUUUGACAUGGAAAGCUGACCAGAAACAUAAUGUUUAA